AUGGCGGGUAGUAGUUCUGGUAAGAGAAGUAGAACGGGCGAACAAUAUUUUGAGGAAUUUCGUACUCACUUUUGGGAGAGACCUGAAACGCAUUUUGAUCAAAUACAAAACGUAAAUACAUCCUCGAGAAGAAGAGAAGAAAGAUGGCGAAAUCGCAUCCCACCACCAACCUACGAAGAAGUUUCAUCAAUGCUAAAUAUGAGUCACCGUGAAUCUCCGGCGGGUCAAAGAGAUCGAUCCGCAUCUCCAACCCGAAGAACUCCCAGCAGAAGAGACGAAACUAUCAAUCGAGAUAAUGCAAGUAAUUUGGGUAGAGAUUUAGCGCAAAUGAAAAUUCAAAUAAUAAUGCGACCCAUAAUAAUACGCACGGAUUAUUAUCCAAUAUACCUGCAUCACAAAAUGGUAGUGAUGUUAAUAUGGCCGAAGCAGGAAAUAGUCAACCUAUAA